AUGGCUAAUGAAUCGAGGCCCUGCCCAUGUGAUAUUGGAGACAGGUUUGACUACGGAGGCCACGGGCAGGAGGUGCAAGUUGAGCACAUCAAGGCGUAUGUCUGCAAACCACCUGCUGGCACAGACAAAGCUGUGAUUGUGAUUCAUGAUAUAUUUGGAUGGCAACUCCCAAACACCAGAUACAUGGCUGAUAUGCUUGCAGCUAAUGGAUACGUAGCCAUCUGCCCAGAUUUUUUUGUGGGACAAGAAGCUUGGAAACCUUCUAAUGACUGGGCGUCUUUCGAUGACUGGCUGAAAACCCGAAAUGCUGCCAAAAUAGACAAAGAAGUUGAUGUCAUCCUGAAGUAUCUAAGUGAACAAUGUGGUGCAAAGAAGAUUGGUGUCGUUGGGUUUUGCUGGGGUGGAGCAGCGGUACAACAUCUGAUGCUAAAAAAUCCUCAUUUAAAGACGGGGGUGUCCCUCUAUGGAGUGAUCAAGUUCUUUGAGGACAGAUACAGUUUGCUUCAUCCCACCUUCUUCAUUUUUGCUGAAAAGGAUGAGUACAUCCCGUUGGAGCAGGUCGCCCUACUGGAGCAGAAGCUUAAACAAAACUGUAAAGUUGAUUAUGAAGUUAAAAUAUACCCUGGACAGACACAUGGGUUUGUACAUCGCAGAAGAGAAGAUAUCAAUCCUCAGGAUAAACCUUAUAUUGAGGAAGGAAGACAGGAUAUGAUCAACUGGCUGAAUAAAUAUCUUUAA